AUGCCUGUUGACGAGUUUUUAAAGUUUCUGCCCGAGACUGAUAUGUCUGCUAUGCCGCCUGCGCGGCAGGCGUUUAAAGACGUGCCUGCAGAAGCUAAAUACAGACAGCAGAUCAUUGAACCAUUGAUAAUUGCCAUCAAUGGCGCCGGAGCGGACAUUGCGAAGAAGUCUCCCCCAAGGUGUCCUGGAUUUGUCUUUGUCGACACGACUUCAUUUGGCGUGAAUUGCAGGGAUGUGGGUUCAAUGGUUCCCCAUGUCUCCGGCCUCUCCGAGGAGGUCAUUGACUUGGUGAAACCGAAAUCCACAAUCCACAAUUGCCUUGGCUACACCGACUUGUACGUCGAAGUCCAACCUUCUUCCGGGCUGGAUGCCUUCACAGAUCCAACUCUUGGUCGCAAUCGUUCCUCUCACAAUUUUAUUCCCAACGUCGACGGCGAGCGAAUUCGAACACGGGCCGACCGGGGGCUGGGGAGGAACAUUGCGUGUGCAACCGAGGCAUGUGCCCAUCAGCAUCGCAGCUUCUACUUUUCAGUCUCGUUGUCUGGAUCGCGCGCCCGACUUAUUCGCUGGGAUCGUGCUGGAAUGAUCGUCUCAGAAUCAUUUGACCUGCGUUACAACGCUGAAUUCCUCUGCACAUUUUUGUGGCGAUAUGCCCAUGCCUCGUACUCGCAGCGUGGCUAUGAUCCCACUGUCCAGCCUGCAACCAAAGAAGAGGAGAAGCUAUUCAAGGAGUCAAUCAGAGACCAUGUCAAGUUCCAGCUGGACCUCAGCAAGCGGACCUCGCUGGUUGCCGCGAUGGAGGAGCAUUACCAGCCGGGAAAUGUGGUUGCGGUUACCAUGGUCGAUGACAAUUCUAUAAAGCGUCGAUUACUGAUAUCUCGACCGGUGAUCUCACCUGUCUCAAUGACGGGUCGAGGAACGAGGGCUUACUGGGCUGUGAGCGCAGAUAAUUCGAAGGGGGAAAUGAUGUUCCUAAAGGACACGUGGCGAUGCAACGGCAGAUGCCAAAAGGAGGGUGAGGUUUUGGAAGACUUACACCGUGCUGGUGUACCGAAUAUUCCCCAAUUGAUCUGCCACGGAGACGUCCUAGAGCAACGGCCUAGGGUAAAUCGAAUAAAUGAAGUCGAGAGGAGGAAGAAUGGCGACAUUGCAGGCGACCGAGUUCUGCAAUGCACGCAGACCGACCAAUUUCAGCACGCUCACUGGGUGUGCAAGCAUAAACACGAUCAAGCCCCUUAUGAAUCGAUGAUGGGUGCCAUCAAUAUCGAAGACAAUGCGAAACGGAGGGUGCACCGCAACGUCAGCCUAGGAAACAUCAUCCUGUCCAGGAACCCCAACGGGGUGAACGCGGCACGGCACGGAUAUCUUUUUGAUUGGGAACUUUCAUGUUUGGUGACAAAUGAGGGCGAGGCUCGCGAUCCCGCAAAAGUGGGCACCUUCCGAUUUAUGUCACAGCGCUCGCUGAGUUGGAGGCCUGAAGCUCAGACAAUCCAGGACGACAUGGAGUCACUACUCUGGGUUGUACUCUAUUGCAGCUUGCUAUGGUUGGAUCACGAUCUGCCACCGCAAAUUCUGUCCAAGACAAUGGUUGACCUUUUCGACCAACGCAGAGUUUACCGUAAUGGGGAUGUCAUGGCUGGCGAGGGCAAAUUUUGCAACCAACUCCAAAGGGAGCACACGUCUAGAGUUCAUUUCUUGAACCCUGUGAUUCAACAAUGGCUGGAUGCGGUCAUGGAUUUCAAUUCAUCAUUUGUGGUUGGCCAACCGAGGGGAGCGACGGUGGCUGAGAUCUGGAAAGAUCCUUCCAAGUUCAAUGUAUUCUGGCAAGACUUCCUUGGCGCCCAUGAGAUGUUUAACCAUGACAGAAUCUCACGAACGUUGAAGCUACCUCGCGCCCAUCGGCGCUCUUCGUCAUCGUCCACUACGUCGUCCUCCUUCGAGACUGACCUCGACACUAUCUCACGAGCAUCAUCACCAUCCCGUGAUUGUUGGCUCUCUUUGUCAUCAUCCACCACGUCGUCCGCUCCCCAGACUGCAUAUCCGGUGCCAGUAAUUCCCCCUUCGCGAAAAAGAAAGGCGACCGGCGAGCCCGUUGGUGAAGAUCCAGAGAAUAUGAUCAAGUUUCUAGUACCGUCAGUGCCUCGAGCAGAUUACACAGGACCUAUCACACGAUCGAUGGCAAAGCGGAGACAGACUGAGGCACAAGGAUCAGCCACUGGUUUCUUACAUCUGCCUGGACAGCCCCGAUACAACCCUCGCUGUUUGAGGCCUAGUCCAGCGAAGAUCAAUAUGACCGACUUUGCGCGACAGGGUCCCAAGUCGAGUAGGUCGAAGAAAUGA